UUCUGCUUGAUGAAAAGAGGAUAAAGAGGCCACCAGUGCUUAGCAAUUCUCAUUGAAUGUGAUCAUAAAAAUUCUUACCCACUUCGAGUAAGAUAAAAAGGGUCUAGACAGACUCGACAACACAUAAUACCACACAUGGGAAUCCAGACGCUGCCUCAAUAAUGCAUUUUAGAAUUACAUUAUCUUCUUCUCUCUCCUUUUGGGAUUGAUUUGGUUAGGUGUUUGUUUUAGGUAGUGAGAAAAGUGUUUUUUUUUCUUUUUUUUUGGGAUUUUAAUUUUGAUUUAGGUUUGGGUGUGUUGUGGAAAUGGAAAUGGGGAUAGAAACUCCAUUGUUGAUAAAUGUUGAAGGUCCAGACACGACCUACCGGCUGAUCAAACGCCAUUCAGUUGCUUCUCUCAAACGUGAUUUCUUCUCCAAAUUGCCAGACAAGGUUAAGUCUGGGCUUGAUGAUCCUGAUCAAACCCUUUUUGAAAUUGAUCUUUCUAAAGCCACUGGCUUAAUUGAAGGGGAGAAAGAAUACUAUGAAAGACAAUUUGCGACAUUGAAGGCUUUUGAAGAAGUUGACUCUCUGGAUACAUCCCGUGUCAUUGAUAAUGAACAAGAUCUUCAAGAACAAGCCCAGCAUGAAAGAGCCAUGAACAUUUCUAAUUGGGCUAAUAUUUUUUUACUUGCAUUCAAGAUAUAUGCUGUGAUAAAAAGUGGAUCAUUGGCCAUUGCUGCAUCAACAUUAGACUCUCUACUUGAUCUUAUGGCUGGUGGCAUUCUUUGGUUCACACACCUGUCCAUGAAAAACAUCAACAUCUACCAAUACCCCAUUGGCAAACUGAGAGUCCAACCAGUUGGUAUCAUCAUCUUUGCUGCUGUCAUGGCUACUCUAGGGUUUCAAGUGCUGAUCCAGGCUGUAGAACAACUGAUUAAAAAUGAACCUACUGAAAAGAUGAGUUCGGAUCAAUUGAUUUGGUUGUAUGCCAUUAUGCUGACAGCAACUGCAGUCAAACUUGUUCUUUGGAUUUACUGCAGAAGCUCUGGAAACAAGAUCGUCCGAGAGUAUGCAAAGGAUCAUUAUUUUGAUGUGGUAACAAAUGUAGUUGGUUUGAUAGCUGCUGUUCUUGGUGAUAAAUUCUAUUGGUGGAUUGAUCCUGUCGGUGCCAUUGUCCUUGCUCUCUAUACUAUCAUAAAUUGGUCUGGAACUGUCCUAGAAAAUGCAGUGUCUCUGGUUGGACAAUCAGCUCCUCCAGAUGUUCUGCAGAAACUGACAUACUUGGUCCUAAGGCACCAUUCUCAAAUCAAACGGGUUGACACUGUCCGAGCCUACACUUUUGGUGUUCUCUAUUUUGUUGAGGUAGACAUAGAAUUGCCUGAAGAUUUGCCAUUGAAAGAAGCACAUGCCAUUGGAGAGUCUCUGCAGAUUAGAAUCGAAGACCUCCCUGAAGUCGAAAGGGCAUUCGUUCACCUUGAUUUUGAGUGUGACCACAAACCAGAGCACUCUGUUCUUAGCAGACUCCCCAAUACCCAACCUUAAAAGACUUUUUAAGCUCUCUCCUCUUUAUUACUAUCUAUUAUUAAAGCCUCAAUUUUCUAAAUUGUAAACUUUGAUCUUCUUUAUCAUCAUCAUGUUUUGGUUGGAUUGGGUUGGGAUGGAUAUUAUCCAAUUCUUGGUAGUUUGGUUAGACUGAGAGAUUGUGAGAUGUAUGCAUGCAACACAAGGAUCUAUGUAAUCCUCAGGCUCAGUUAGGGAAAUUGUGCCCCCAUUUUGAUUUCAAAAUGCAUGAGUAAAAAAAAAAAAAAAAAAAAAAAAAAA